UUUCCUGAAGCCCUUUUAUGUCCAAAACUUCCUAUAUACAAACCUGUCUGAGUCGAGACUCUUUGUGCGAUAUAUGGCUUUCCUGAGGGAUAAUGAAGAAAUAAAUGAGACAUCAGUCAACAAUCAAGAUGCUAAAUCAGUCAAUGAAAAAGGAGUUGGAGAUAACUUCGGGGAAGUUUUGAGUUUAGGGCUCAACAGAAGUGAGCCCGCAACAGCUGCAGAGUGUGACAAUCAAUCAAAGCCUGCCAGCAACAAAGUUUUCUCAUGCAACUUUUGCAUGAGAAAGUUUUAUAGUUCUCAGGCCUUGGGUGGCCACCAGAAUGCACACAAGAGGGAAAGGGGAGCUGCUAAAAGGUUCCAGUCUCACAAAAUGAUGAUGAUGACAGUAGUGGGAUUUCCUUUCAAUUCUAUUGCGGUUCGAUCACUAGGGGUCCAGCCUCAUUCUCUUGUUCACAAGCCUAUCAGAGAAGGGUCUGCAAUGGUAGCAAGAUUUGGUGAUUCCAGUCCGCGGUUUGGGAUGGCAUGGAUACCCUUUAUGUUCGAGGAAUCUAUGGAUUCAAUCUCGCCAGGAAGCUUGCUCCUUGAUAAAUUGCCAACGCAAAAACCUGAUUUGCAAAAGCUAGACUUAAAUCUUCGGUUGUAGAAGUGUUAUCUAACUGUUCUAUCUCACUUUGGGAAAUUUUCUCUUUUUUUUUUUUCCUUAAAAUUUAUAGGCUUUGCUAUCCAAUCUUGCUGUUACUUGCCGGCUCUGCAUGAGAAUAGUUUUCCUUUCUGUCUGGGCUAUGACCAACUCGUGAAGUAGUUCAAGUAUGGAUUCCAACAUUGUGCUUGACGAUGAUUUUGGGCUUUGCUCCAAAUCCAAAGUCCAUCAUGAAUGAUUAACGUCAAUCAAUAGCAUGGCAGGGUCAUAACUUGGGCACUUCGAAGUAGUUAAAUCAAUCCGUCCA